UGCUCUACUUACAUGGCAAGUGGACUCCGGAUUGCGACCGACGGGAGCCUGGGUAGCGGGGGCGGUGGCGUGUCGCUGGUCUCGCCGCGUGGAAUGGUGCUGACGCCGAGGGUGAGCGCGGGGGCGGGCGGUGAGGGUGGCGGCGGAGGCGGAGUGAGUGGGGCCGGCGGAGGCGGGAGUGGAGGCGGGCGGCUGUGGAGCCAUGGGGAUGAUGCGCUCGCGAGUGGCAUGUCGCUCUUCCACCUGCUGCGGUCUGCGACGCGUCCAGACGAGGCGGUCAUUCGGCUGACGGCGGCAUUGGAGCAGGCGGCCAACGGGACGGACGCACACGUGGUGGGGACGGGCGAGCAGGCGGAGAUCUUGCUGUUCAUGGCACAUUCAGUGGCGUCGGCCCGUGCACCAGCUACGGUCGGUCUGGCGCUCUCCAAGCUCGCGUCUAUUUUCCGGGUCGACUCGAACCGGCUGCGGGCGCUUAUUGUGCACGCACUGCCGCUGGCGGCACCGCACGUGGUCAAGCUCGCCGCGCCGGGCCGUGUGGUCGAUCCGGUGCUCUUUGUGACGGUCUCGAACGAUCCGCUGGCGCGGGCACUGGCGCUGCAGGCACUGGCGCUGCUUGCCCCGGUGGUAGCGGACCGGGUGGAUGUGCGGCACGCGGUGCUGGCGGGACUUGUCUCGCCGGCACACCGCGAGGCUGCAGCGGCGGGCGCGGCAGCCAAGGCCAUUGCGCCGCACUCGCCACACUUUGCUGCGGCGCUGCUUGCGCAUGCGGCGGAGCAGAUGGCUCCUGGCACGGUCUGCUCGACGGACACACUGCUGAGAGUCCUCGACUUGCUGCCCGCGAUCAACGCCGGCGAUGCGUCGCUAUUCGACAAGGUGGCGGGGCUGGCGCUGGGCGUGCUCGACUCUGCGCCUGCUCCGCCGGUCAUGGUGCCGGCGGUGGCGGUCCUUGCCGAGCUUGCGACGUCGUCAGCGGCGGCGGCAGCAGCACUGGUCGGCGACUCGCACUUUCACGCCUCGCUGAGUGGGGCGCUUGCCGAGCUGGUCGAGAACUCACCUGCCAAAGCGGUGCGGCUAGCGGCGGUAGCUGCGGCGCGGCGGAUGGCAUCGCGGCCGCUCCUCGCAGCACAUCACAUUGAUGCCGGGCGCGUCAUUAGCUGGCUGGACGCACCCGAGCUGGCGCCUGGCGCCGCUGCGCUUCUCCGUGCCGUUGUCCGGCAGCCGGCCCAGCUCGCCCAUCCGCCGGCGCAGCUCUUGGCGGCGCUGCUUCAGCGAUUUACCGAGAGCAAGGCAACGCCGCUGCUUGCGCCGUUGCUGGUCGACCUCGCGUGUCGCGAGGACCACUCUGCGGCGCCCGAGCUGUACACUGCAGUGGAGGACGCCGUGCUGGCUGCGGUGCUUGGCGAGACCGAUGACGCGCCCGAGAUCUAUGCAUGCCUUGCGCGGCUGGCGACGUCGCGCGACGCGCCACACACUUUUGUGGCGGCGGCGGUAGAGGCUGCGGCGCGCAAGGUUGAAGCGGCAGUUGUAGGGCGGAAGAGCGAGCAGCUCACGUCACCGCUCCGGGCGCUGACGGCGAUGCUCAAGAGCGGCGCAGCCGAGGCGGCGGCCGUGAGCGCGAUGGUCGAUAGCCUGCGGGCUGUGGCGGAUGCGAUCCGGGGAUGGAUCGAGGCCGAGAGUGCCGGCGAGGCGGAGUGGACAAAGCCUGGCGACAUGGUGCGGUGCGUGGCGCUGUGCUUCUGCUCCUCGCCGGGCGAGGAGCGCGUGCUGAGCGCGCUGGAGAGCAGCCCUGAUGCGUUUGAGGAGAAGUGGAUGCCGCUGCUGCUGAGCAGCGAGGCCUGCGGCAGCGGAUGGGCGCUGUACCAGUUGGGCGAGCGCGCGGCGCGCGGCGGUCACUUUGAGAGCGCUGUGACGCUGUGGGCUUGCGUGGCGUCGGGCGUGGCGUCGCCGUGGUCGUACUGGCUUGACGCUGCCGUCAGAAUGGUGAGCGGAGCCGAGGCAUUGGCGAAUGGGUCCAAGGCUGCGAGCGCUGGGGCAAACAGCGCAGUUGUGGCUCGGUUGGGCGAAGCCGAGGCUGCGCUGGCGGCUGCGCGUCUCGCAGUCUGCGCACUGCAAACGGCGCACGGUGAGCGCGGGAUCGGAGUUUUCCAGGGUGCGUGGCUCUCUGCGGUGAGCGACAUGUGCGCGGGGCUGAGCGGUGUGGCACAGGUCGGUGCCGGGCUGCAGAGCGCGCCUGCUCUGUUUCGGGCGCGGCUGGCAGCGAGCGUGGGUGUGGGCGCGGUGCGGCUGGCGGAACUGUCUGAUGCAGCGCUGGACAUGCGUCAGGGCGACGUGGCGGCGAUGGAGGCUGUGCGGUGCGGAGCGGCCCAAGUCGAGGCUGCGCUGACUGCGCCGCGGCUGGACGGUGACGAGCUGGCGAGAGCGAUGGCGCAGUGCCUGGCGUCGCUGGCAGUAGUGCCGUCACGGGUGUUUGUGCUGAGCGCACCACCGGCGCCGUCGCUGUUUAUUUCCGAGGCGAGUCGCGGCGACGAUGGCGUGGCGGUGCCGUGCCCUCUCGACCGGUAG